GUUUGCCGCGCGCGACGGGUUCUCCCCGGCGCCGCCAAGUUAGGUAGGCCGAGCAGUUGCUAGGCGCCGUUAUGGAGUGGCGGUGCUGAGGAAGGUGAGCGGGUCCAGUUCAGGCUCCAAGGAAAAUCUGCAGUGCUAACUAUGCAGGAUCAAAGCAGCCAGCAUAUUCACUUUUAACAUACACAACUGAAACAUGGCAAGCAUUACGCAAUUAUUUGGAGAUCUUUGUGAGGCCCACAUGGCAGGCCUUUCAUGGAAGUGUUAUAGGGGGAAAAGGCAACUCAACAGAACACAAUUCAAGGAAAAAUUAAAAAGGGUUGUCUACAAUACACUAUUUAUGAAUCUUUUUCGUGAUGAAGCAACAUCAAGGUCUCAGUCAGAAAUCAGUAAGUUGCCUGUGAAAAACAAAAUUCUGAUGUUGUCCUUCAAUUUGAGGCUGGCUGGGAUGGGUAUGGAAGCUGACCUCUUGGAGGAACUUACAGAGAAAGUAGAAAAAUCAACGUGCAUGCCGCAGACUGAUCUGAACUCUGUAUUGGAACUUCUAAUUGAACUUGCAGGGACUGGAACUUAUCAACUUCUACCACGAAAAAAGGAUUAUUUCUUGAACAAUAAAUAUGUCGGGAGAAAUGUAAAAUUUCAGGGCUAUGACCACUAUGAUGCAAGCCUGUUUGAAUCAGGGCUGUUGUCCUUAAUUUCCACUGAGGACUUGCAAUUUCAUGAUAAUGUGCAGCGUACGCUUCAGUUAAUGGAUGCACAACCUGGAACUGGAUUACCCAGUUUUGGACAAUCCUCCCAUAAUUACUUAGCUGGUGAUAAAUAUGAGAAGGAAACGCGAUUAUCACUUUUUGGUGCCUUGGUACAUAGUUGUACAUGUGAAAUGGAAGUCAAACUGGAUUUGCCUGCAGUGCCAGAUAAUGUGGAUAUGACUGGACUUAAAAUUAGGGUUCCUCAAAGCAUUGACCAGUCAGAAGAUGAGGGAUUUCAGUCGGCAUCCAAUCUUACCCCAGAUUCGCAGUCGGAGCCCAGUUCAUCUCCUGAUAUUGAUCUCUGGAGUGCAGUGCUUUCUUAUGAACCUAGCAAGUACAGAUGUUGGGAAUUAAUAGGCUGUCCUCCAGGUAAAAAAGAAAGACUGUACCUCACUGAAGCAGGUCGAGAAGCUUUUGAUAAAUUCUACCAAUUACGUGUAGGCCAGCUGCAGCUCAUCAGUGGUACACUGUUGCACCCAACUCCAGUUAUACUUCAAAAGGAAUCUGAGCUAGUCAAAGAUGUCCUGAAUGUCCUCAUUGGUGUAGCAUCCAUGACCUUCUUGCUGAAUCAAUCUCUCCAGGCAUUUGUCGUCAGGCAAGGAGUAUAUAUUUCAGGAACAUCCCCCGAAAGUAUGUAUAACCUCUUGUCUGAACUGGCUGAAAAUGGAACAUAUUACACUCGCCUUAGUCACUUCUCUCUUCAGCCCAUCCUUGACUCAACAUAUAACAAAGGACUCGUUUUCCAGGCUUUCACAAGUGGUUUGGGAAAAUACCUGCAAUAUUAUAGAGCUUGUGUGUUGUCAACACCUCCUUCACUGAGCCUUUUAACGAUCGUCUUUCUGUUCCGGAAACUGGGGCGACAGCUAAGAUAUUUAUCUGAAUUGUGCGGGAUUGGAUCAGGUGUGCUGGGAUUAAACCGAGGAAGUUCAUCAUCUUUUCCUACAGGAGUAAAACUGUUAUCCUAUUUGUACAAGGAAGCUCUAAAUAACUGCAGCAAUGAGCACUAUCCAGUAUUGCUCUCUCUGUUGAAAAGCAGUUGUGAACCAUAUACACGGUUUGUCUAUGAUUGGGUUUACAGUGGUAUUUGUAGAGAUGCUUAUGGAGAGUUCAUGAUACAGGUGAAUGAAGACUACCUCAACUUCAGAGAUAAGCACUACUGGACGCACGGUUAUGUUCUCGCUUCCAAAGAAGUAGAAGAGUGUGUCCCCCUUUUCCUUGCUCAUGUGGCUUAUGACAUCUACCUAUGUGGAAAGACAAUUAAUUUGCUGAAAUUGUGCUGCCCAAUGCAUUAUAUCUGCUGGUCUGACAUUCCUGUCCCUCGCAUUGCUGUCACUUUUUCCCUGGAGGAAUUGGAGGAAAUAGAAAGAGACUCUGCUGUUUAUGUCAGUCGAAUGGAGAAAAUAGCUCGUUACAGUUCUAUCAGCAGAGAGGCAAAGAAUCUGAGAAAGGAGAUUGCACAACAGGAAUUGAUUGUACAAGCUCAACAAACAGCUACGAGAGCCAUGGCUACAUUCAGAGAUAAUCAGUUAGCUGAAAGGAAGGCUUAUGAUGUAAAGAAACGGGAGCGAUUUCUGGAGCUGAAGGAACAAUUUGAAAAGGACAUGGAGCGUCGAAAUGCAAUCAAACAACAAGAAACUGAAAAAGAUUUAAUGGAGGUUCAAGCACUGAAAGAGCUUGAAGAAAGACGCAGAGCAUAUGAGGAAGAAUUGGAGAAAAGAGCAAGACAGCAACUAAUUGAGCAUUAUAGCAACUUAUCAGAGGAGGCCGCAAGGCGAGAGCAGAAAGCCCUGUGGAAAAUCCAAAGACACAAGUUAGAAUCUGCACGCAUUGACUUUCUCCUUAACGAUCAAAAAAAACUUCAGGCAUUGCUAGAGAAGUUGCCACUGGGAGAGCAAAGAGAAAAAUCGGAUGUUAUUCCUGGAUUGGAUCUGCAGCUUCAUGAGCCAUUGAAUAAAGGUUUUGAUUCUCAAGAGUUGAGCAUUGAGAUAACAUCAAAUGAAAGCAGAAUAUUUGAUCUGAAAGAGCACUUACUUGCACCAGUGAAUGAAGAGGCUACAAUUGAUGUGGCACCAGUUGAGUUGCUUCCAUUUCAUGAUGGAAUUGAACCAUCUACUCAAAAUGAUAUGGUAGAACCUGUACUUGAAACUUCUCUUGAUGAUGAAUCACAGGAUCUACCUCAGACCUGUAAUCCAAACCAGAAGGAAGUAUGUUUGCUUGAUAUGAGUUUUGAGGAUUUUCUCCCGAAGGAGCAGUUAGAACCUGUUGCUGCCUUUGACACACUUAAACAGACUACAGUACUUGAUGAUGCCCUAAAGGAAAUAGGUUCAGAACUGUCAAAUGAAAAAAGAGGCAGAGAUUUUGACAAAGAUGAAUAUGAUUUCGGUAUUCCUUCAGCAGCAUCUGUAGGGGCUCAAUAUAAAAGAUCAGUAGGCAAAUACACUUCACAAGUGGGUUCUCAGUGGAAUAGUCGCUCUGGUACACACAUCAAAGAUGUCACAUCAGAUAGUAAGACAUUAGGGCCACAUGCAAAUAUUUAUGGUCAUGUAUCUGAUUCAAAUCUAAAUAUUGGUGAAUAUACAUCCAAUGUUGAACUUGCUAGGCCACGAUGGAAUAUCCAUGGUCAUGCUUCAGAAUCUAACAUAAAAGUUGGUGAGUAUGUGUCUAACAUUGAACCAUCUAGGCCACGAUGGAACAUUCAUGGACAUGCUUCACAAUCUAACAUAAAAGUUGGUGAUUAUGUGUCUAACAUUGAACCAUCUAGACCACGAUGGAACAUUCAUGGACAUGCAUCACAAGCAAACAUGCAGAUUGGUGAAUAUGUCUCAGAUGUAGGACAAUCUUGGCCAAAAGCAAACGUUCAUGGACAUGCAUCACAAGCAAACAUACAGAUUGGUGAAUAUGUUUCAGAUGUAGAACAAUCUUGGCCAAAAGCAAACAUUCAUGGACAUGCAUCACAAGCCAAUAUACAAAUUGGUGAUUAUGUUUCCAGUAUGGAACCAUGUAGAUCUAGAUGGAACAUCCAUGGACGUGUGCAACAACUUGGUAAAAAUGUAUCCCGUGCAGAACCAUCUGAACCACAAUGGAAGAAAUCCAGUAAAUCGUCACACACUUUACCUAAAAUUACUGAGUCCCCUGUAUGUGAUUGGACAGCUUUUGGGCAUCCUUCACAAUCAAAUUUCAGAUUAGGUGAGUGGUCACCUGACAUAGAAGCAAACUUAAUCCCAAAGCAGAAAUCAGUUGCUGGUCACGCAUCCGAUUCCACCAUUCAAGAUAUAUUGUACAACAAACGAUCACUGUCAGAAAUGGUGGUGCCAGAUAAAGCUGAUGAGAAACUGAAUGUUGAAGUUGUAUGUCCUACUAUUUCCAAAGAAGAAAUAAACAACACUGAAGAAUCCAAACUGAUUACAGAUCUUCCACAUCCUGAACCUGAGCUAAAAGGGAAUGAAAACAAAAAACAGGAUGAAUUACAAGGUACCUGUGAAAACGAAAUUACCAGCAAAUGUACAGAAGAAGCAACGUCCACACCCCCUCUUCAAACUACAUGCUUUCAAGAUGAGAAGGUCAAUCCUCUUGAGUUACAAAAGGAUUGUUUUCAAGAAAGAAAUGCACAUGGUGGUCAAUCAGAUUCUACUCCCAAAGACCUAGUGUAUACAUCAGCUGACCUUUUGAAUGAGGCUGUGGGGCCUAUGCAGGAAGAAGGUGUUGAAGUAUCUACGUGGGAAAAGGAACAGGCCUACCUCAAAAGUCUGGCAGAUCAAUACUGUGUAGAACACUACCAGGAUAACUAUGAAUUGAUGUCUGAGCCACCCAUCUCACAUCUACUUCAGAAUAUAGUAACUGAGCCCUGUUUAGUGCCCUUGGAUCCUUCUGUUCGAAGAGCAACAGAUGCCACAGCAGUGCAAGCAAGCAGUCUCGUCUCGCUUCCCGUACUGAUGAAGCAUUCCAUAACAGCACCUCUUAUAGCUCAUGCUUCCCUGGUAAAUAAAGCCAUAAUUGAUUAUUUAUUUGUGGAGCUGAACAUUGAACAGAACUUUGAGGCGUUAAGACAUUUCCUUUUGAUGGAAGAUGGAGAGUUUGCACAAUCACUUAGUGAUUUGCUCUUUGAAAAGCUUGGAUCUGGACAAACACCAGGGGAACUUUUGAAUCCUUUAGUCCUCAAUUCAAUCUUGAAUAAAGCUUUGCAAUAUAGUCUUCAUGGAGACUCUGCGAUGGCCUCUAAUUUGACUUUUGCUCUCAAAUAUCUACCAGAAAUGUUCAAGCCCAAUGCACCAGAUGCCUUGAAUUGCUUGGAACUAAGAUACAAGGUGAAUUGGCCUCUCAACAUUGUGAUCACAGAAAGCUGCAUGAACAAGUACAACAAGAUCUUUUCCUUUUUACUGCAGUUGAAGCAUAUGGUCUGGACAUUAAAAGAUGUUUGGUUUCAUUUAAAACGUACAGCUUUAGUUAACCGUUCUUCAAGUUCAGUCCAGUUGCAUCAGCUUCAACUCUAUCGACAUGAAAUGCAGCAUUUUGUCAAAGUCAUUCAAGGUUAUAUUGCUAAUCAAAUUUUGCAUGUUACGUGGUGUGAAUUUGGACACAAACUGUCAUCGGUUGGAAAUCUGGAUGAACUCCACAGAACACAUGCAGAGUAUCUCAACAAGGGCAUUUUCAGAGGGUUAUUGACUGAGAAAGCUGCUCCAGUGAUGAAUAUCAUUCACAAUAUUUUCAGCCUGAUUCUGAAAUUCCGCAGUCAACUGAUCUCACAGGCCUGGCAAUAUGAUGCUGAUAAACAAAUAGCAAUACAUCCUAAUUUUACCAUGAUGCAGCAAUCUUACAAAACAUUCAAACAUUAUUCGCACUUUCUUUUUAAAGUGGUCACAAAACUUGUCAAUCGGGGAUAUCAGCCACACCUUGAAGACUUCCUGCUGAGAAUUAACUUCAAUAAUUAUUAUCUAGAUGUUUAAUAUUUACAUUGCUUGCCAGAAUUACAAGUGUAUGUUACUGAAAAUGAUAGAUUAAAUCAUCAGGAUUUCAGUCUUCAAAAAAUUAUGCACCCAAGUAUCUGCCCAUGUACAUAUCUGUAUAUCUGUGAUAUAUAAACAUGCUAUAUCCUUACAAAUAAAAGGUGGUUUGUGAUGACAUCAACCAGCAUUUGUUAUUUUUGGGAAUUAGCAUAUCACCUGCUUUACCAAUUUGCCAUAUUU